CCGACUCUGAUACUUGGAUCAACCCAAAUUGGAGCAUAGCAUCAGAGGGCAGACAAUGCUCUCAAUACGGCAUGGGUCGUGGAUGCCAACUCUCCAUCAGCAGAUACAAGCUCUUGUAACCGCUCAGAGUGCUUCACGCUCAGGAUCUACGAGUCACCCUCUGCACCAACCACUUGCGCCCAACUCGGACAGUUCUGCAGGAAAAAACGUCCAAUGUUCUCUACACGCCCAUCUCCCACAUUCUGUCCUUCCAAAGCUCUUUGAGCGCCUGGUUGGGCUGUGCGGAGCAAUUGACUUUGACGAGAGCCAAAACUUAUGGGAACACGAGAUUUCAUUCAUUCCAGAAGUGGAGACGCCUUUUGGACCGGCGCGCAACGAUGACACUGUGCUGCGGUUACGUGCGAAUGUGUUGGAUGACGAUGGCAAUUUCACAAAACUACAUAAUCGGAAUUGGAAGAUAUGCUUUUUCGGCACACCGGAACUUCCCAAACCUGGCAAUAGACGACGUGCUACUCAACGAGUUGUGUAUGAGUCAGAAGUGAAGGGUGAUGCAUUCAGAUACAUGGAAAUGCUAGGCUACAAGUUUAAUUUUGAAUUCGUCCGGAAGGGUUACAAUUUCACCUACCGAAACCUUAGAAUCGCCAUUUUUCGAAUAUACCACCUUGAUACGCGACAUAAAGUCACCAGUAGUGUUCCGGUAGAUGGUAACGAUGACUCGUGGAUUGUCGAGGUCACCUCUCCACUCACCAGCGCGGAGGGUGUGCCGACGCUCGUCGACGAGUUGCACACAUUCGCUUCUCAUGUUGCAGGACUCGUGACUUUGGUUGUCGUCGACCACGGUGCACUCCGAAAUAGAAUUUAUUACUAAGAGUUCGCACAUUCAGAUAACUACUAUCGAGUUUAGUGCAAAAAGAGCGCAAGACAAGGCGCUGCUCAUUUUUGAAACGAUACAAAUCGCAGGGCGGGUUCCCACCAACAAUCACUACAUUUCUGCAUCAACCCAGUAUUCUACGGUUUGAUCUUUUCCACCUCUGCCUUGGCUUCUUCCCAAGCCUUGGUGGCCUUUCGGUGGAAAUCUCUUUGGGCUAAAGCAUAGCUCAGUAACAUAUUUCUCAAAUCUUUCACCUUAUCCAUCUGGAACCUAUCCAGAUCCUUUUGUAUUUCUUCAUUAGCAACCUGCAAUUCGGCCCUACAUACUUCUCUCUGCUCCUCUAUCGUAGAGAUGCGAUCUUUCGUCCUUGAGAUAUUGUUACGACGUGUCAUAGCAGGAUCGUUAUCGAUGAGAGAGUUUAGAGUUGCCAUGAUGCCUCCUCCCGUGCUCAGCUGCCGGGUGUGCCCAGAUACUCCCUCAGCAUUUAAAACAGCUGACAGCCUUUGCGCUUCAGACUCGGACGCUUCCAACUUCUGCAAUGAGCUCUGCUUGGAAAUCAGCGAAUCCGAUAGAGUUUCAUACUCCACAUGCUUCUUAUGUCGCCAUUUCAACAGCUUCUCGACGGCUUUUGAGAACUGGGUGUACUCCUGGAGUGGCACCGCAAAUCCUGUUUCCAAAGCCGCCACCAACUGCGAAGUAGCACUAACCGUGGAGUCAACAGCCUGGCCGACCUGCUCGAUAGCAUGGGCUAAACUGCUUUCCGAUAAUGACCACCCAUUGUAUGCUGCACCAAGUUCCGCGUAGGUAG